UCGCUAACUGUAUUCAGCUGACAGCUGAACAAGGAGCGCCUGUCCUAUUAGUACAAUACACAACUAUCAAUAUGGCAACCAUACUGUUGGUGUUAACUGCAGUCCUGAUCGCGGUGGGCUCGUGCGGUCGUUUGGAGCCGCAGUACCUCCCCCCUCGCCCUGGGAACGGGUUUGGAGGUGGCGCAGGCAGCGGGGGUAAUGCUGGUUUAGGUGGAGGAGCUGGAGGAUCAGGUGCUGGAGCUGGUGGAUUUGGCGGAUCAGGGGCUGGCGCUUACGGAGGAUCAGGCGGCUCCCACGGCGGUGGUGCUCAAAUUCCCAUUACUAGUUUUGAGAACGUGAACAACGGCGAUGGCUCUUACCAUUUCAGUUAUGAAACCGGUAACGGCAUCUCAGCCCAGGAGAGUGGAGCUCCUCGCGCGCCUGGGCCUGAGGGUCUGGCAGUAACAGCUGAGGGCGCCUUCUCGUACCGUACUCCGGACGGCCAGCAGAUCGCACUCACCUACACCGCCGAUGAGAACGGCUUCCACCCAGUGGGACCUCAUCUCCCCACCCCUCCCCCAAUCCCAGAGGAGAUCCUGCGCUCCAUUGAGUUCAACAGACAGAAUCCUUCUUCUGAAGGAUCAUACAACGGAGGAAAUGGCGGCUCCGGCGGCUCCAACGGCUACCACUACUGAUCUUAUUCAAUACCUAAUUUCGCUAAAUCUCACCAAAAUCGCAAAUAAAGUCCUCAUACCUUAGAUCUAAGAUACGGACUUGGCCCACCCUACGUCCUUAUUACUAUAUUAAUAUAGCAUAUAAUCAAACGUGAAAGCGACGUCUAUUCAGAAAGAUAUUCCAACUCGCUUCAAUAGCGAAUAAAGAUAGGGUCGGGAAUUUGAUCUGUAACGUCGGGUUUUAUAUGCGACUAGGCAACGAUUUAAGUCGAAUUAGGAUGCCGUCUUAUCUCUGAUAAUGACUACGACCUCACGAAAUCGGGACUGUGAUACCACGACGCAACGAGCACUAUUUAGCUUAAUUUAUAAUUAAUUUAACAAUGUAAAUAGGCAUGAGUUAUAAAUAAACGAGCGAUUAUAUUUA